UCCCACGCCCAUCCCCAGCCCUCUCCCCAGCUAUAAAAGCCCGCCCGAGCAGGGCGCCCUGCUGCAGGGGCCAUGGCCACGUCACGCCUGCUGCUGUGGAUGCUGCUGCCCACCCUCUGUGGCCCCAGCACUGCUGUGGAGACCACCUCAUCCCUGGCCUGUGCCCAGGGCCCCGAGUUCUGGUGUCAAAGCCUGGAGCAAGCACUGCAGUGCAAGGCCCUGGGACACUGCCUUCAGGAAGUCUGGGGACAUGCGGGAGCCGAUGACCUGUGCCAAGAGUGUGAGGACAUCAUCAACAUCCUCACAAAGAUGACCAAGGAGAACAUUUUCCAGAAAACCAUUCGGAAAUUCCUAGAGCGUGAGUGUGAUGUCCUCCCCUUGAAGCUGCUCGUGCCCCAGUGCCACCACGUGCUGGAUAACUACUUCCCCCUGGUCAUUGACUACUUCCAGAGCCAGACCACCCCAAAGGUCAUCUGCCAGCACCUGAGCCUGUGCCAGCACAGGCGGCCUGAGCAGGAGCCUAGGAUGCCAGAUCCUCCACCUGACCCUGUGCUGGACGCUCUGCCAGAUAAGCUGGCCCUCCCCGUGCUGCCAGGGGCCCUCCUGGACAGGCUUGGGCCUCAUACACAGGAGCUCUCCCAGCAGCAGUUCCCCAUCCCCCUGCCCUUCUGCUGGCUCUGCAGGACUCUGAUGAAGCGGGUGCAGACCAUGAUCCCCAAGGGAGUGCUGGCCGUGGCUGUGGCCCAGGUGUGCCAUGUGGUACCCCUGGUGGUGGGCGGCAUCUGCCAGUGCCUAGCCAAGCAGUACACCAUUCUCCUUCUGGACGCACUGCUGGGCCGCAUGCUGCCCCAGCUGGUCUGCGGCCUGGUCCUCCGGUGCUCCAGUGAAGAUGGCGCUGGCCCAGCCCUCCCUGCUCUGGGCUCCCUGUCCAACGAAUGGCUGCCGCCAGCCUCCCAGUGCCAGCUCUGCGUGUCCGUGACCACCCAGGCCUGGAACAGCAGUGAGCAGGCCACGCCACAGGCCAUGCGCCAGGCCUGCCUCCGCUCCUGGCUGGACAGGGAGAAGUGUGAGCAAUUUGUGGAGCAGCACAUGCCCCAGCUGCUGGCCCUGGCGCCUCGGGGCUGGGAUGCCCACACCACCUGCCAGGCCUUGGGGGUGUGUGCCACCACGUUCAGCCCCCUCCAGUGUCUCCAGAACCCCCUCUUCUGAGGACCCAGCCUCCAGUAAGGCCAGCAAGAACAGUGUCCUCUGGACAAGGUCUGCAGAGGCUGCUUCUGACCUUCACAGCACCAGAGCCAAGCCAGCUCCCACUGCUCAGGGCGGCGGAGGGGGAACAUUGCAGCUCCAGGACAGCUGAGCAACUGGGCCAGUCCACACUGACCCCCACGUGCUCAAGACCAGCGUCUUGUUUGCCAACAUUUCCAAGAAGUUCAAAAUUCAGAAUAAAAUGGGAUCAUAAUGUACUCUGAUAAACUCACAAAAUCCUUACAUUAGGCUUUUUAAAAAUAAAUCAGGAAACCCUUGGCUUGUGCAA